AGCAAUAGCAAGAGCAACAAGAGCAGCAAUAGCAGCAGCGACCAAAGGACACGGACCUCACUCACCAGCGCCGCAGCACCACCUCACUCACAGCUACUGCCGCUCUUCAUUGCCGGGCAGUGGAGUGGGCAGUGGGGGGUGUGAAGUCAGGAGAGAGGCGACACAGCUCCCUUUUUCGCUUUGUUGUUCCUGUCCUCUCGGUGGGAUCUUGGAGCGAAGGAGAUGACACGCGCUUCUUCCACCAGCUCCGCGGCCACCGUCGCCCGGUGCUGGGUGUUUCUGUCGUCUGUCAGCUUCGGGCUCUGUCACAACGCAACGCAGGGCUACUCCAUCCGAGGCGGCAAUGCCACCAGCCAGGGAUCACCUCAGCCGGGCACGCAGGCGAUGUAUUUAUUCAAUUCGACAUCAUCAUUAUCAUCAUCAUCAUCAUCAUCGUUAUCAGCAUCAUCGACGACCACGACCACGACGACAGCAACGACGACUUGCGUUUAUAAUUCCUCCGCGUCCUCGCCCGUGCCGUGCAAGCUGAACGAACUAGGCCUAAACGCCACGACCAAUUCUACACCCCCCCAAUGCAAGUCGCGACCCACAAACAACACCACCUUCAAGUACAUUAACACGGUGCUCGCUUGUGUUAUUUUCGUGGUCGGGGUGAUUGGGAAUGUGACCCUCCUGAGGAUUAUCUACAAGAACAAGUGCAUGAGGAAUGGCCCCAACAUGCUGAUCGGGAGUCUGGCCCUGGGGGAUCUGCUCUACAUCGCCAUCGACAUCCCGAUCCAUGUCUUCAAGCUUUUGGCUCCAGAGUGGCCUUUUGGAAUUUUUGUAUGCAAGCUGGUACCUUUCUUGCAGAAAACCUCGGUGGGGAUCACUGUCCUGAACCUCUGUGCCCUCAGUGUGGACAGGUAUCGAGCUGUGGUGUCCUGGAGUCGGGUUCAGGGAAUCGGAAUCCCUCUGGUGACAGCCUUGGAGAUCUUUGGAAUCUGGAUGCUGUCUGUAACUCUAGCUGUCCCCGAGGCUGUUGCUUUUGAUUUACAUACGCUGUCUUACCAGAACGAAACGUACAACGUGUGCCUCGUCCUCCCGAAUACAGCGUUUAACAAGUUCUACAUCGUUGUGAAGGAUUGGUGGCUGUUUGUGUUUUAUUUCUGUAUGCCGUUGGCUUGCACUGCCUUCUUCUACACUCUGAUGACCUGUGAGAUGUUGAACAAGAGGAACAACGGCAUGAAAAUCGCUCUGAGUGAACAUUUGAAACAGCGUCGUGAGGUAGCCAAAACAGUUUUCUUUCUGGUUGUGAUCUUUGCUCUGUGCUGGUUUCCGCUCCACCUUGCAAGGCUGUUAAAGAAAACUGUGUACAACGAACUUGAUGACAAAAGAUGUGACCUCCUCAGUUUCCUGCUGAUCUUGGACUUUGUCAGCAUCAAUCUGGCGACUCUGAACUCCUGUAUAAACCCCAUCGCCCUGUACUUUGUGAGCAAGAAAUUUAAAAACUGCUUCCAGUCCUGCUUGUGCUGUUGUUGCGAAAGCCAGUCUCUAAUAAAUGUGAUGCCUAUGAACGGCACCUCCAGACAUGCAAGUCUGCACUGGAAGAACCACGACCACAACAACCCAGGAGAUCGCAGCACCCGGAAGGACAGUGUGAACUGAAAGUCAUGGGGACCUUUCCAGUCUAAACGCUGGGAAAUGCAGUACAUGUGGAGCUUCAUGUGUCAAAACUGUAUCAAUUGAUGCCCUCUGUAGUAGAGCAGAGGACUGAGUGGAGUGGGGCUUAUAGAUACGUCACAUCACAUUCACUUUGGGAGUACACAAGAACUUUGCUUCCGUGUCCCAGAGGGUUUUCAGCAAUUGUUUGCGUGCCAGUGUUGAAAAUUUUUAUGUUUGUUCCUUUUUUUGCGCAUGUGGAUCUGAUCACAGAGUAUAUGAAGGCGGACAGAGGGCCUGGUUCUCAACAUGGACCAAUAUAUUUCUGAAACAAAGGUUUGACUUGCCGACUAAAGUGACUAGAACCGGUUAGGGCGCAAGCAGUUUUUGUUAAAUAUCACAGCAAGUGUCGCUUAUACAUGCUCGAUGUUAGAAUCCAGGAGCAAAGAUCGGUCCCUACGUAUCUAUUCAGUAUAUAAAACAACUCCCGCUUAGUGCCAUGAGGAACCAUAAUGAUAUGUUCACAUGAGCGCACAAAGUAGUUCAGGGAGGCAGACUCGGUAAGUGUUAAGUGCUCAAGUUAGAAAAGUCAUGAAAGAAUCCAUGCUUUAUUUUUCACAAAACAUCCUGUGACUCUGUUGAAGAGGAAAAAUUUAAAAAAAUGAAAUAUGCUGUGGAGAAACAAUGUCAAGUGACAAGUAUUAGGGGAGAUAUAUUCUUUCUUUGUUUGAUAUAAUUUACUGUGAUUAUUCUAUAUAGUUUAAAUGUGCUUUAUUAUUCCCAGUUGUUGGAAGUGUUGCAUUGAUAUGCCUAUGACGCUCUCUAGGCAGUUAAACAAAGAUGCAGUUGAGUUCGGACUUAUAUUUGUAAAGUUCCCUUUUAUCCCACUCCCCACCCCCCAGUUACAAUAAAAGGUGCAUCCUUCUGUAA